AUGUAUGAAUGCUAUAAUCUGAUGAAGGGUGGCAUAAUAUUGGGUCCCUCCGCUUUAGGGCGCAGCGAGAGAUUCAACCAGAUAGUAUUUCCAGAAAAAGCAAUGUUUAUUUUGAAUACAAUGGCCGUAAUGGGUAUAGUGUACUUCAUCUUCUUAAUUGGCGUGAAAAUGGACAAAAAUUUGAUAUUGAAUCCUCGCAAAAAGGCAUAUAGAAUUGGUGCUAUCAGUCUGGUGGUUCCUUUUGUGCUUGUGGGAUUCAUGUCUUACCUCUUACAAAGGCCCCUCGCAGGACUCGUCCAGGGACACUUUUUCCUCUUUCUAGCUGCAUCUCUGUCCAUCACCGCCUUCCCUGUUCUUGCUCUCGCCCUGGAAGAGCUCAAUCUCCUGACUUCUGAGUUGGGCAAGCUUGCAAUGUCCAGUUCAAUGAUCAACGACAUGAUCGGAUGGUUCUUCAUGGGACUCUUCGUCGCACUGCAUCAAAGAAACUCAAUCAACUCGUUACGAGCAAUUGCAUCCACCACCCUAUUGAUUACAUUCAUAACUCACGUCCUACGUCCUUGCAUAAUACUGAUCGACAAGAUAACGCCGGCGGGAAGACUGGUCGAUCGGGUCUACGUCGUGGCUAUACUAAUCACAGUUCUGUUCCUUUCAUUGCUUAGCAACAUGGUCGGUGCAAGCGCAGUCGAUGCUCCUCUUGUCUUGGGGAUAGUUAUCCCGGAGGGUUCUCCUCUGGGAGCGUCCAUCGUGGAAAGGACGGAAACCGUAGUUGGGCAGAUUCUUCUUCCUCUCUUCUUUGUUCGAUGUGGGUUGGCCGUAGAUGUGUUCAAGAUUGCAGACAUGACAGCUUUUGCAGCGCUUGAAUUUGUCGUUUUCAUGGGAUACGUAGGGAAGCUUGCAGCUACUGUGUUAAUUUCACUCUACUGUGGAGUCAGCAUUCGACAUUCUCUGUCCCUUGGUCUCAUCAUGAAUAUCAGAGGCCUGGUUGAGGUAAUUACCUUCAUUCAUUGGAGGUCACAGAAGGUAAUUCCUAACUCCCAGAUCAAUCGAUGGAAUUAA